UCUGCCUGCCCCCAUCAUAUCGCGCUGGGGGAGGCGCUGGCCCACGGCCCUCAGCUACGCCACCAGCGGGGUCGCCCUCCUCGCCCUUGCCUGGACUCCAUCACAGAUUGUGUGGCUAGUGAUGACGCUCGCAAUGGUAGGGAAGCUGUGCAUCAGCAUGGCGUUCCAAAUCGUUUACUUGUUCUCCGUGGAGCUUCUGCCUACUGAAAUUCGCACCACCGGCCUCGGCUCCAUGGUGUUUGUGUCGAGAUUUGGAGCCAUUGUCACGCCUUUCAUUACCGACACUUUAAGGAGCUUAGUCCCGUGGGCGCCAUCACUGCUGUUUGGGGCGCUGAGCAUUGUUGCGGUGCCCUUGUGCCUCAGACUGCCUGAGACCAAGUCUAAGCCUGUACCCGACACAAUAAAGGAACUCGCUGAACAAAAGAAAAAGUGGCAAGAGAGGGACGAAAAUCUCCUCCAAAAGAGAUGA